AUGGUAAAAUCGAACCUUCAAAUGCUCCAGGCUGAGCCCGGAGCCACAACACUCAGCGACGGCAACACCCUAACCCGCUGCAGCCUGCGCAACUGUGCCAUCACCACAACGUCAGCAAAUCGCUGCAGCUUCGAAGACUGCAUGCUAGCGCAAGUCGACUCUGCAAAUCGAUCAGCAGGGCGGAAAUCACAUUUCCAUGAUGCCUUCUCGCUCAGUCGUAGCGAUUUUGCCGAUAGUAUCAUCCGCGACCGGAGCUCCGUGCACCGCAGUACAGUUAAGGCCUCAACGGUACGCGACGCGAGCGCAUUAAAGCGCAGUACAGUGACUGGGUCAACUAUUUCGAAUGGUCGAGUGGAGAGAUCCGCGUUGACGGAUUGUGAUGUUGAAGAAUGCGCUAUCUCGCGGUCGGAGUUCAACGGGAUGAUUCUUAAGUACGGUGUUUGGAAGAAGGGCCAGCUUGUUGGUAAGAUUAAGAAUAAAGAGCCCAUUAUGAUCAGGAAAGAUAGUCCAGAGGCAGAGGUUAGUGUUUCAUUUGAAUUGAUGUACAUGUUGAAGUGGCACUGA